ACCGUGUCGCCCGGGCCCCAAACCGCGUGGUCGUCUCCCCGUUCCCGAUCAAAAUCGAAUCCAAAUCCCCCAACCCAAACGGCCCCACAAGAUCCCCAUUCGCCUCCACGAACUCUCCCCAAUUGCUCAUCCCGAUCUCUCCCAAACCCCAACCGAAUCCCAGGUCCGGCCCAACUCCGGCGCGCGGCGAUGGGGAACCCGGAGAAGCUGAUGAACCAGAUCUUCGACCUCAAGUUCACGUCCAAGUCGCUGCAGCGGCAGGCGCGCAAGUGCGAGAAGGAGGAGAAGGAGCAGAAGCUCAAGGUGAAGAAGGCGAUCGAGAAGGGCAACGUGGACGGCGCCCGCAUCUACGCUGAGAACGCCAUCCGCAAGCGCACCGAGCACAUGAACUACCUCCGCCUCGCCUCCCGCCUCGACGCCGUCGUCGCCCGCCUCGACACGCAGGCCAAGAUGCAGGUCAUUGGCAGGUCCAUGCAGUCCAUCGUCAAGUCGCUCGACUCCGCGCUCGCCACGGGGAAUCUCCAGAAGAUGUCUGAGACCAUGGACCAGUUCGAGCGCCAGUUCGUCAAUAUGGAGGUGCAGGCCGAGUUCAUGGAGGGCGCGAUGGCCGGAUCCACCUCGCUCUCCACGCCCGAGACCGAGGUCAACAGCCUCAUGCAGCAGGUCGCAGACGACUACGGGCUCGAGGUCUCCGUCGGACUGCCGCAGGCAGCCGCGCACGCUAUUCCGGCUGCAAAGGACAAGGAGAAGGUCGACGAGGACGACCUCUCCCGCCGCCUCGCCGAGCUCAAGGCCCGUGGCUGAGGGCGUUUCAGGCUUUCAGCCUUUCAGGUCAGAUGCAAUUCAUGCUGUGCUCUCUCGAGUCGCUGUUACUCAGUCACACGCAGACUGCUACUCUUAUUUGAUAGAUUCGUAAAUACUGUUAUGCUGAAACUUUGCUGUGUGGGGUCAGUGGACUUGAUGAAACUUUGCUGUGUGAUAUUGUACUGUAAAAUCUAUAAUCUGCGGGAUUGUGAACA